UUGCAGUGCUUGAAACGUUUAAAUAAACAGAAGCGAUCGGUGAAACAUGAUAGUGGAAAUACAGGAGGAGGUUAGAGGAAAGAGGCCUUUCAAGAUAUGGGACAGUUCGCGGAAUGUGAGGAAAGGGUUGGUGGUCACUAGCUUCGAAGAAUUGAUACACAGAGGUAAAGAGAAGUUGUCUGUAGCGGCGAGCGAGCCGGUGCGGCUGGUACUCGAGAGCGACGGCACGCAGGUGGAAGACGGCGACUACUGGCGGACCUUACCACCCAAUACGGUGCUGCUGUUGCUGCGGCAGGGCGAACGAUGGUACCCCACGGGUGUCGACGUCAUCAAAGCUGCGAUAUCGGCAAUUCCAAAAAUAGUAUGCGAAACGAUCCAUGCACUCGAACUGCACGAUGAGACGCCUUCAUGGAAGAUCAUGGACAACAAGGGGCGCGUCACGGUCGUGCUGCACUGGGAUCAGCGGCCGCAGGCGUCGCCGUCAGCACGCUCACCUUCGCGGCAGGCCAAGCCCGACAGGAGACCGUCGCUCGUUAUCCAGACCUCGCUGGAGCGGCCGCAGCCGCCGCCGCCGCACAUCACCGUCGUCAACCACGACGAGCCCCGGGGCCGCCUAUCGCGCGCCUCCGGCUCGCUCGAGCAUCCGCCCGGCCCGGUGCACGUCCACACUGCCGAGUGUCGCGCCGGCUCGGCGUCUCCCGCGCCCGCGCCGCCGGCCCGCCCGCCGCCCGACGAGUGCGACUUCCACUGCUGCGCCCUGCACGAGGAGGGCCGACGGAUCGCCGUUCAUAAAAGCGUCGCCACCUCUCCCAUACAAGAUGCACAGCCGCGAGCCUCGCCCCAGGGUCGCCCUAAGGGCCACGUGCGCUUUCUCGACGCAGAGUCAGCUCGACGCGGCGAUCGCGACUCCUCGGAGAGCGAGACCGAAAACACAUUAGUCGAGGACGAGGCGGUCACUUCGGAAAAAUUUCUCCUUCUGAUAGACCAGCUCAGCGUAGACCAGAAACGACAUCUCACGAUCAAAGACAUCGGCAUAAUCUUGGAGAGGCUCAGCUCAAAAAUUCUGGACGUGGAGCGGCUAGACCGCGAAUCGGAAUCGGACGACUGCUACAAUUGGACUAUUAAAGCGACGAUCAGAGGCGACGCGCUGCGAGAGCUCGGCGUCAUCUACAACGGGAACUAUUACGCGAUCAGCGAGCACCCUGGCUACAGGGAGGAAAACGAAGAGGCCGGCGACGAGGGUGAAGAGGAGGAGGAAGAAGACAGACUCUGA